GCUCUUUAAGCCCUGGUACAGACACACAGAGCAAGCAUUCAUACUCGGGCGGCGCGAGCGAGGGGGCUGGGGAGCGAGCGUCACUUUGGAAACUCGGACGGGAACUCACGGAUUCUCGUGCUAAACCGACGACCUCCUUUUCCUCAUUACUGAAGUCCUCGCUGUUGGAUCUCGAUCGCGGGAUAAACGGAGGAGAGAGGAAGGUGUAGUCAGAAGGGAAGUGAGAGCGGGUGAGUUUGGCGGAGAGAGUUGCGCAAUAGCAGGUAAACUGGGGUCCAAGGUGCGCAUCGAGCCGCCUAUGAUACCAACAACACGGAUGGAAAGAACUUUAAUGUGGAAUCCUCACAGAGUUUUGCAACGGAGGCUGAGAGUAGAGACAGACUGGCAGUUUAUAUUAUAACUUAGAUGAGGCCAGAGAGACAGCCGACCCUCCGUGCGUAAACUGCAGAGCUACACAGAAACAAGAACCAGACAGGGAGAGCUGAGCAUUUAAGAACAGCUUUUUACAUCCUCUGCGCGCCUGGAGGCUUGUGUGAAGGACGAUGUCCAGAGAGGAGCAGAGCUUUUCAGAGGUUGAGCUCAGCCCAGGGAUGUCUGACGACAGCCGCUCCCUGUCACCGGGUCAUUCCUCCGGGGCCGCUGGUGCUGGGGACUCGCCUCUCCACGGACAGCAGCAUCAGCCGCAGCUGGCCGGGCUGGACGACGCAUCAGCGGGUUGCUCCUCCGUCAAAUCCGACGACGAGGAUGACCGCUUCCCCGCGGGAAUCCGCGACGCUGUGAGCCAGGUGCUCAAGUGCUACGACUGGACCCUCGUGCCCAUGCCAGUUCGCGUGAGCAGCGGAAGCAAGAACAAACAGCACGUGAAGAGGCCAAUGAACGCCUUCAUGGUGUGGGCGCAGGCGGCGCGGAGGAAACUGGCCGACCAACACCCGCACCUGCACAACGCGGAGCUCAGCAAGACCCUGGGGAAGCUCUGGAGGCUGCUUAAUGAGAGUGACAAGCGGCCCUUCAUUGAGGAGGCAGAGAGGCUGAGGAAGCAGCACAAAAAGGACUACCCUGACUACAAGUAUCAGCCGCGACGCCGCAAGAAUGGGAAGAUUGGUUCUGGGUCAGGAAGCGAGGCUGAAGGCCAUUUGGAGGGUGAGGUCAUCUACAGCCAGUACCACUACAAAGGCAACCACCUGGAAGUGGCCUACAGUGGGGGAGCCGGGUCCCCUCUGGCAGAUGGGCAUCACCCUUAUGCUGCAGGUCAGAGCCACAGUCCUCCAACACCUCCCACUACUCCCAAGACCGAGCCUCAGUCUGCAAAGGCAGGAGAUGGUAAGAGGGAGGGAGCCGGGAACGGGGCUUCUCGUGCUACAAUGGGAGCAGAAGGAAACUCAGGUGCUCCGGGGUCUGGGAAACCUCAUAUCGACUUUGGUAACGUGGACAUUGGUGAGAUGAGUCAUGAGGUGAUGGCUAAUAUGGAGCCGUUUGAUGUCAAUGAGUUUGAUCAGUACCUUCCCCCUAACGGGCACCCAGGGGUUGGGCCGAGUGCGGGGGCCGCAGGAACCACAACAGCUUCUCCGGCCUCUCCGUACGCCUAUGGGAUCUCCUCAGCUCUGGCAGCGGCCAGUGGACACUCAGCAGCCUGGCUCUCCAAGCAGCAGCAGCAACAGCCGCCACAGCAACACCACGGCUCCCCUCUGAGCUCAGAUCCCUCCAAAGCCCAGAUUAAGAGUGAGGCCGGAGGUGCUGCCGGUCACUUUGUGGAAGCAGCUUCGGCAGGUUCCCACGUCACCUACACCCCCCUCAGCCUUCCUCACUACAGCUCUGCCUUCCCCUCGUUGGCCUCAAGAGCUCAGUUUGCAGAAUACGCCGACCACCAGGGCUCGGGGUCAUACUAUGCCCAUUCGAGCCAGGCUCCGGGGUUGUACUCCGCCUUUUCUUACAUGGGGCCUUCCCAGAGGCCUUUGUACACUGCCAUCACUGACCCAGCCAGCGUAUCGCAGUCGCACAGCCCCACACACUGGGAACAGCCUGUCUACACAACGCUGUCGCGGCCAUGACAGAUAACGAGACCAGAGCGUGCCGGUGCAGGUUCAGCCCCAACGUCAGACCAGAGGAGCAGAGGCAGCAGCAGCAGCAAGAGUCGCGCUGGUGAUGUCAGAGUCGAACGAGGUCUGGUCUGGGGGGAGUGGGCAGGCACUGGGGGAGGCGUCUGGGGAGGCAGAAGGGGGGAAACGCCGUUCUGCUCCUGCCCAGAUGAAAACAUGCUGUCACAGCCCGAGGAUGAGCUUGGAGCGUGGUGCUUUUGAGGAGCGGUCGAUCAUUUGCGGCACUCGGUGGAGGAGUCAGAGUGCAAUACAUCGAUAAUGCAAAUAAGUAAAACAAAAUAAAAAUCACCCACCCAACGCCACCAGCAGCACCACAGCAAAGCCUUUGGCACUUUUGGCUGUGUUCAUGGGUGGUAUGAGAUCACGUACUUGUCAGCGUGUAUCACAGCAGUCCACAACGCCACGGGCCAACGGAGGGGUCAGAGGUGACAGGGACACAGAAAAAAGCAAGACUUCGAUCUGUGAGCGCGACAAAGGAGCCAAAUUCAUUUUACACGAGAUGUUUGUUUUAACGCCAGGAGAACGGAGUGCCAAACUAUUUGCCGGCCUUUCACUUCUCAGGCUUGACUGACCUUUUGUCAAACAAACGUUAGCCUUGUAUCCCUUUCGAAAGUCAACACAACAAAUACUCAUGACAUACUGUCCUCUCAGAGCCACAGUCGUCCCUUUUUGAAUUCAAUUUGUUUAUGCUGUGUUCACUUAAAAUGCCUUUGUACACUCGACAAAUGGGCAUGGAGGGGAAAAAAUGCCAUAAAUCCAUGCUGUGCUUUUGUUAACUGAAGUGUAUAUUUAGCUUAUUGGGUGUACUUGAAGUUGCAAAUGUACUUAUGUCGAUACACACAAACAUGACCAAAGUUUUGAGACCAAAACCUGUACUUUUUAUAAAGAAGAAACUUUUUUUAAGGUUUCUCCCAACAUAACAUUUAAAACUACCUUACAUUUUGUGGCCAA